AUGUCUGCUUUCAACUACUCUGUCAAUUACGAUAUGUUUGUCCUGAUCGGCAUCCCUGGCCUAAAGGAGCUGCACCUUUGGAUCUCCGUCCCAUUCUGCCUGAUGUACCUGGUGGCCAUGGCCGGCAAUGGCAUGCUGAUCUGUGUGAUAGCACUGGAGCGCAGUCUGCAUGAACCCAUGUACCUCUUCCUCUGCAUGCUGGCAUUUUGGGAUCUGAUUCUAUCCACAUCCACAGUGCCCAAAGCCCUGAGCAUCUUCUGGUUUGAUGACGUAAACAUCUCCUUUGGUGGCUGUGUCACACAACUCUUCUUUAUGCAUUUUGCCUUUGUGGUAGAGUCCGGCAUUCUCUUGGCCAUGGCCUUUGACCGCUUUGUAGCCAUCUGCUACCCACUGAGGUAUUCCACCAUUCUUAGCCACAGCGUGAUUGGCAAAAUAGGGGGUGUGGUCGUGUUCAGGAGUUUUGCAACUGUCUUCCCCAUUGUCUUCCUUGUGAAACGUCUGCCCUUCUGCCGGACUAACAUCAUCACCCAUACUUUCUGCGAACAUAUGGGGCUGGCAAAGCUGGCUUGUGCUGACAUCACCAUCAAUAUUUGGUAUGGAAUCUCUGUGCCAUUACUCAGUGUGAUGCUAGAUAUGGUGACCAUAGUCAUCUCCUACGGGCUCAUCCUCCGGGCAGUUUUUCGGCUGCCGUCUCACGAGGCUCGAGUGAAAGCACUCAGCACCUGCGGCUCUCAUGUCUGUGUCAUCCUCAUGUUCUACCUUCCAGGCAUUUUCACUGUCAUUGCUCAGCGCUUUGGGCGAAAAAUCCCCAAGCACGUCCACAUUCUGCUGGCCAAUCUCUAUGUUCUUGUUCCCCCCAUGAUGAACCCAAUUAUCUAUGGAGUAAAGACAAAACAGAUUCGUGAACGAGUGACCCUGGUGUUUUCUCUAAAAGAGAAGUGUUGCAAAGGAUGA